UAUUUGCUUUACAUUUGUAAACAGGUGGUCAGGUGCCAACAGUUUAGGUUUAUUUUCACGUCUUUAGGGUCUUGGCUUGCACAUCCAAAUUUUAAUUGUUCAUUUACAGUCAUGGAGAAUCCAGCUGUUACACUAUUCCGCCAAUAUUUACGCCUGAAAACAGUGCAACCUGAACCAGAUUAUGAGGCAGCCAUUGUGUUCCUCAGAAGAGUCAUUGAAGAAAUUGGACUUGAACACAAAACAAUUGCACCUGAUGCCAAGAAACCUAUUUUGAUAGCUACUUGGAUAGGCCUUGAGCCAUCUUUGCCAACGAUUUUGCUGAAUUCCCAUACUGAUGUUGUUCCUGUGUAUGCUGACCAAUGGAAGCAUGAUCCGUUUGAAGCCAUUAAAGAUAGUGAUGGGAAAAUUUAUGGUAGGGGCACCCAAGAUAUGAAGUGUGUUACCAUUCAGUAUCUUGAAGCCAUCAGGAACCUAAAGAAUCAGGGAAUACAACUUAAACGUACUAUACAUCUGACCUUCAUGCCAGACGAAGAAAUUGGUGGAGUCCUCGGAAUGCAAGCAUUUUUACGGUCAGAAGAAUGGAAAGAAAUGAAUGUCGGAUUUGCCCUCGACGAAGGCUUGGCUAAUCCCAUCGAUGAGUUUACAGUUUUUUUCGGUGAACGAAUGCCUUGGUGGGUGAAAGUGAGCUGCCCUGGUAAUCCGGGCCAUGGGUCGCGAUUCAUUGAAGGUACAGCAGCUGAAAAACUGCGGACUGUUAUAAAUCGUUUUCUGGAUUUUCGUGAACAAGAAAAAAACCGUUUGGAAGCCAACCCUGAGUUGACUCUUGGCGACGUCACCAGUGUCAAUUUAACCAAAAUUGAAGGAGGAAUUCAGGUGAAUGUAGUCCCAUCGGAGCUAGUGGCUUAUUUCGACAUUCGUGUCACACCUCACGCCGAUCUAGAUGAUAUGCUUAAGCAAGUGUAUGAUUGGUGCAAAGAAGCUGGAGAUGAUGUGCAAAUAGAAUUUAAGCAAUAUAUGAAAGAUCAAACAUUAACUUCUAUUGAACCUGGAAACAUCUGGUGGGAUGCAUUCUCGUCUGCAUGCGAGUCCAUAAAAAUGAAGAUCAAGUGUGAAAUUUUUCCAGCAGGAACUGAUUGCAGAUUUUUGCGUGAGAUUGGUUUACCUGCACUCGGAUUUUCUCCUAUCAAUCUGACCCCUAUUUUGCUGCAUGAUCACAAUGAGUUUAUUGAGGAAAGCGUCUUCCUUCGAGGCAUACCAAUUUAUGAAGCUAUAAUCCCCGCCUUAGGAAAUGCUUAAACCUGACUCGUGUUUUAGUCUCGUUAACGCCACUUACUCGUAGGUUCCAGGUGGCUUACGUAAUUGGUUUCCGCAGGUAACAUGAAGUCGUGGUACUCUAGAAUUUGGUCGUCCCCUGUUUGUGCGAUCAAGCCGUCAAAUGUC